AUGUCUUUCCCCGUCGCGCUACAGUCGGCCAUCUUCUACCUGCUCGCCUGCACACCAUGCGCCGAAGUGCGGCAUCGGCACAAGGCCAAGGACCAGGCCAAGAAGGAGAGGGUGGAAAAGGCAAAGCUGGAGACGUCGCAGCCCGGCCUAUAUCGACACCCGUCACCGUUCAACACCAACCCCUACUGGCAGGAGGAGAUCAACAUGGGACCCAGCCUACCGAAGAAGUCGACGAGCAAAAACUCCAGCCAACGGGGCUUGAUGAGCGCGGGAGGAGAAAUCAGUGCCCUUAGCCUGUCGGGGCGUACGAAUACAGGCGAUAGCCAUCACACCAACUACGAAGACAGCACUCUGGUGGUAUCGCAAGACGGCAUCCUGUCCGACGACUGGAAUUCGCGACACGGCUAUCAGCGCGAGGAUGAGGAGCUGUGGGGGGCGGACUGGUCUGGCCACAAGAUCAAGGACGCCUUCUCCAAGGCGAGGGAUUCCGCCGGACGACUGAUUGAGUCGACGCUGGGCAUGGACAAGGAAAUCACAGAAGAAGACCGCCACGCCUUUUAUGCGGCCCCGAGAAACCCACCCGUCAACGACUUACAUCCGCCCGUCGUCAGCAGCAAGCUUCCCCACAAAGAGGCUCACAAGUGGAUGCUGCAACCGCCGCCGUCCGCCAAGGUCAUGGAAGGCAAGGUGCCCGUCAGCAGAGCCAUGAGCUCCAGCAGUAGGACAAGCGGACGAACCGUUGCCGGGGGUGAGGAGAAGCUGGCUCGCCAACUCCAGGAGAAGCUCGUUAGGGAGAAGAUUAUGAAGGAGAUGCCUACCGAAUCCGAGCUCAUUGACUCACUGUUCGUGACUCGAACCAGGAGCGUCCGAUCCGACAUGACGCGCACACGCAGCCUGUCUUUUGACGGCUCCAGCGAAGCCUUGGACGGGAGCAACCCCUCGUUCGAGAGACGCAAGCGGAGCACCCGCCUGAAAGCCUUGGCCACGCCCCCUGGAUAUGAAGAUUCCGAGGAUGAAUUCGAGGAUAUCUUCUCACACAAAGUCACCAAGACCACCAGCCGCACCAGCCAGAACGGGCACGCAUCACAGCGGCCCAAGCUGGAAACCAUCAACAGCAGCGAAAGCAACGGCCGUUCGCGAUCUAAGAGAUCAUCAAGGCGGCGGAAAUCGACCAGGUCCAAGAAGACGCUGCCCGGAGCCGGCUCGCCCGUGGGAGACGACUCUGAUUGA